AUGACAUUUCAAAAUAGGUCUAAAGCAAAAGCUUCUCCCUGUUGUCCACAUCCGCAGCAACAACCACCACAUCCACCUCCGCAUCCACAUCUCCCACCGCCUCCACCACAUCCGCAGUUACAACGACAACAACAGCAUAUCAUUUUGCCAACAAGAGCCAGUAACACGGCCUUCUUCAAGUCGUUUAACGUGAUGUCUGUCAUGCUGCAUCACUUAGCUCACUAA